UCAAGUUGUGUCAGAAACUAGACGAAUUCUGGGUGCCAUGCCAAAUUAAUGUAAGACACAGGUGCAGCAUGAAUUUUGGUUCAGUUUCGUUUCGGGCACCACACGAGUAGCAUCGUACUAAGGCCAAGCAAUACCUUCAAACAUGUCGAAGUUUGCGGCAUAUUCCGUGGAUAAAAACGUGAAGCAGUACGACGAGUAUAAGUUCACUCUACCUGAGCUGUAUCGUGAGGUGGCCAAGGAGGAACUCCGUGAGGAUGCUAUUGUGCGGGAGAAAGCUUUGACGGAAAUGCGCCACUGGAUCGUGAACAAUCCUCACAUCCUUAAGUGCCGUAUGGAUUCGAAGUUCCUAUUGCGAUUUCUACGAUUCCGUCAAUUCUCGGUACCAAUGGCUUGUGAGGCACUGGAGCGCUAUCUGACGAUGCGUGAAAUGUAUCCGAGCUGGUUCAAGAACUUGGACGCUAGCAGUGAGAAAAUGAAGGAACUAUUCAUGGGAGGUGCUACCUCAAUUGUCGGUCAGGACAGCAAAGGUCGCACGGUGGUAUUGUUUCGUAUCGCACGCUUUGUGCCGGAGAUGUUUGAACCACCAACUGGCGGUAUAUUCAUUGCCCUGCUGAUAGAAGCCAUGCUCGAAUGGGAGGAAGUACAAAUCGGUGGUUUACAGGUGAUGGUGGAUUACACCGAUAUGGAUCUGAAGCUAUUCGAAAAGUGGGGUUCUUCAGAGCUGAGGCUGAUCAUGGAAGCUUACUCGCGCUGGUACCCCAUGCGGUACAACGAUACGCACGCUGCCAAGCUCCCGAAGAAAGCGCUGCCUAUUAUAGAGAAAAUUCUUUCCUUCACUAACCCGAAGAUAAGGGAGCGCAUCAAUUGCUACGCAAACGUGUCCGAGAUGGAGAAACAUUUCGAACCUACGAUGGCACCGAAAGGCUAUGGUGGGACUGUUGAUCUGGAUGGCGACGUUAAUCCAGCAAUGUGGAAACGCAUCGAACAGCAGCGGGAUGUCAUUCUUGGUCUGGAUCGCAUGGAGAUCGAUUACGACUACUAUGCACCGAUUUGGGAUGAGCAAAAUGCUGCAUUAGCGGCCGAGACGCCAUCGGUUUAAGGGAAGGUAUGAACAUUGUUCUCAAAAUAAAUUCCCACAAUUUAUCAUCA